GCGUAGGGGCCCCGGGGAUCCCAGAACCAAUCUUGCGCCUGCAGAGGACACAGGGAGCCUGGCAGGUCCCAGAACUGGAAGGCCUAAAUGCGGAAGCCCUCGUGGAGGCGUGGCCGCCUGGGAGUUUCCUGGUCAUUGGACACCCCUCAAGGCAGGUCCUGGUGUUGAAGACAGACGGGUCACCAGGGAAUGUCAACACCUACCAGAUCCUGAAUCUUCCUGGAGGUGUCACUCUGGAAUCUUCUAACCUCUGCAUGCCAAGCCUGCCCCACCUCCUGGCCUUCCUCUCAGCCAGCAGGGAUGUUCUGCCUAGGACACUGCUCUUGCCCCCCCACUCUCUAGAGCCUGGAAGCCAACACACAGUCCCAGUUCUUCUGCAGAAGGCCGUUGUCCCUCUCCACUCCUCAGAAAGAGGGUUGUCUAUGGUGAACAAGCUCUAUCUGGAAGCCCACCAUGAGGGGUGGGGGGCAGAGCAGACACCCCCGGAGAUGCCUCCAGAAACCGCUGAGACUCCAGCCCCCAGAUACCCCACCCCUCAUCGCGUCUCCUGGGUGGAAGGUAUGCUCAGCCCAGAACUGCACCUUGCUGACCUCGCGCUGCCCUGCCUGGCAGAGGAGAAGGAGGAGGAGGAUUUCAAGGAGGAGAGAGGAUCCGAGGAUGUGCUCACCCGUCACGUCCGGGCUCUGGUCAGAGCUCGGAGCAACUACGUGGCCAGGCAGUUCCGGGGCUUUCGGGCGCGCCUGACCUCAGAUGCCAUGGGACCCCACAGGCCUGGCGACCCAGCUACAGAACUGCUACAGGAUAUGCGGCACCUCCUGACCGACCUGCAAGAUCACCUGGCCAAGGACCUGGAUGUCAGGGCUGUGUUUGGGACCAGGGGGCCUAAGUUCACCCAGAAGGACGAGGACUUUGAUUCCGCGGUGGAGGAGGCCUUGUGCUGGGCGGUGUUGGCCCCGCUGAAGCCCGCCCUGUGGAUGCGACUCCGCACCCUCCGCGCCCCGGAGCUGAGGCACCUGCAGAGGCGACAGAUAGCGCUGCGGGCGGUGGUGGGGCCAGAGCGGCAGGGCCUCGCCCCCGCCCUGCGGAGCCGCAUCCACACGCGCCUCGCGUACCUCCACGACGCCUGCUCCCCUCGCCGCAAGGUGGCGCUGCUGCUGGAGAUCUGUAGGGACAUUUACGCAGGCCUGGCUGGCAGCGAGAACCAAGAACCAAUGGGAGCUGAUGCCUUCCUGCCCGCACUGACGGAGGAACUAAUCUGGAGUCCCAACAUCGGGGAGACACAGUUGGACGUGGAGUUUCUAAUGGAGCUCUUGGAUCCAGAUGAGCUACGGGGAGAGGCCGGCUACUACCUGACCACGUGGUUUGGGGCACUGCACCAUAUUGCCCACUACGAGCCGGAGGGAGCCCGUUCGCCCCAGGGACUCAGCAGUGAGGCCCGCGCCUCCCUACGCCAGUGGCACCGCCGGCGCACCCUGCACAGACACGGCCAGGCUGGAGACCAGGACGCGCUGACCUUUGAGGAGCCGUGGGCCAUAGAGACAAUGCCCAGAGACCAGUGA